AUGAAGCUUUCUUCUAUUUUCCUUACAGUCUUUGCACUGGCCACAACUGGCCUUGCAGCGAAGACAUGUACUCCUAGCUUUGAUUAUUGCUCCGAUGUCCUGAUUAAGGACAAAGGGUUCACCGAGGACGAUCUGAAGGAGGUUUUGAAGGGGUCCGAUCUAGAGAAUGAGGACCUUAAGAAUGUGCUAUUCCAUUGCAAGAAUCCUGGAGAUGUUGGCCACCCCAAGCUCUGCUCGAGCGGGUGCACAAACCCAGCGACAGAGGGUAGUCACUCAUGCUCAGCCUAA